GUUCAUGAAGUGGAUCAUGGUCUUAUUAACCAGCUACUUGCUGAUUCAGAGGAGACUCUUAAUUCAUGCACAGAGAAAAUGCAGGGUCCUGCUCAGUAUAGCUGGAGUGCUGACUGGAGCUUUUGGCUCUCAAGUUCCACUUACAAAUAUAGGAGUGAGGAAUUCAAGAGACAGUUUUCUCAUCUGCCAGACUCAGAGAGACUCAUAGUAGAUUACGCCUGUGCGCUCCAGAAGGACAUCCUGCUGCAAGGACGCCUGUACCUCUCUGAAAACUGGCUCUGCUUCCACAGCAACAUUUUCCGAUGGGAGACCACAAUUUCUAUUGCUUUGAAGGAUAUAACUUUCAUGACAAAGGAGAAGACUGCUCGUCUCAUUCCAAAUGCCAUACAAAUAGCAACAAAAGGAGAGAAGUUUUUCUUCACAUCAUUCAGUGCAAGAGACAGAAGCUACCUCAGUAUCUUCCGUUUGUGGCAGAAUGUGUUGCUGGAUAAGAGGCUGACCAAGCAGGAAUUCUGGCAGCUGGUGCACCAGAGCUAUGGCUCUGAGCUGGGCCUGAACAGCGAGGAGAUGGAGAGCUUCCACUCAUCGUCAGAAGACAACGGGCAGUCUCGAUCCAGCAUUUGUGAUGAUUCUGGAGAAAGGGAUGAAAAACUACCCAAAGUGAUUGGUUUAGUUCGUGAGCCCACACUUCAAACAGAAGGAGAGUCACUCAACAGACACAUGUUGCCAGGAGUGGAGGAGUCCUCAAGUGAGAAGCAAAUAAAGAGUCCUCUUCCAUCUUCAGAAAGAAAACCUGCUAAGCUAGUCAGAAGCAGGUCUUUAGAAAAGUCUUUGGACCUUAACGAGAAUGAAAAUCUUCCAGAGAAGAGCAGUGCUUCAGAUAGUGAAGAAGUGAAGGAGACUGUCUCUGACAAUGAUCUCUAUGGGAGACUUUUUAUAAACAGAGUUUUCCACAUCACUGCAGACAAGAUGUUUGAAAUCCUUUUCACCAAUUCUCACUUCAUGCAGAGGUUUCUUAAUUCCAGGAGUAUAGUAGAUGCUGUAUCAACCCCUUGGAAUAGAGACUCCAAUGGCAAUCAGUUGAGGACUUUGACGUACACUGUAACGAUUAACAAUCCCCUCUGUGGGAAGUUCACCACUGCAACGGAGAAGCAGAUCCUGCAUAAGCAGAGCCAGAAAGGUCAGUCUUACCAGGUAGAUGCUGAGGUCCUGACCCACGACGUCCCCUACCAUGAUUAUUUCUACACUGUGAACAGAUACUGCAUCAGCCGCACGUCCAGUCACAAGUGCCGGUUACGGGUUUCUGCAGAAGUGAAGUACAAAAAACAGCCUUGGGGCCUUGUCAAGUCUGUAAUUGAGAAGAAUACCUGGGGAGGAAUACAGGAAAACUUCAAACAACUUGAAUCAGAUCUCCUAAUGGAGGAAUAUGCAAUUAACCAAUCCAUAGAAGAUUCUGGGAAAUUACUUGCUCUGAGACGAAGGCGACGCACUUUACACCGGGGUUUGGCAGAAUCACUUCCCAAACGCUCUUCCCAGCAUUCCUCUGGUGACCUGGGAGUAGAGUCCCAGGGCAGCUUAAUAGGAAGGAAACGAGAUGCAGUAAGUAGGACCACCACCAUCAUUGUAGUAAUGAGUGUCUUUUUGCUGCUCUUGGUUUUGCUGAAUAUAACACUGUUCCUCAAACUCUCAAAGAUAGAGCAUGCAGCUCAGUCCCUUUAUCAUGUCCAGCUUCAGGAGGAAAGCUCUUUGAACAUAUCCCCAGAAAUUGUAUCAAAAGAGGAGAUGCCUCAGUAUGAUAAGGAACAGGUUAAACAUGUGAAGGGAGUUUUAAGAGACUCAAUUGAAAUGCUUGAGCAGCUGAAGAUUUCCCUUUCCAUGCUCCAAAGAAGCUUUGACCACUUGAACAGGACACAGAGCAGCAAGACUGAGAGUUAAUAGCCACAUCAGCUUUUCAUUCAAGAUGCUGGAAGAACAGAUGUGUGUGUGAGGACUUGUGGGGUAGGGACUGUAACUGUCUCCUCUGGACUCUUUACUGUUGCACAGAAUAAAAGGUUUGUGGAAGAA